GAGCCGGCUGGUCGCGAGAGAGGAGCCUCCCUUCCCGUUCGUCCGUGAGCUAGCCGCGCGACCCUUUCGACUGGACACUGCGGCGCUAUCCAGUUCCACCACGAUCGAGAUACUACGGGAAAGUGUCGGUUAAAGUGCUCGUUCACGUGACUCCGCUCAUCGGCUACACGGCUUCCUACGAAAAAUGGCAUCUGGAGUGACAGUCGCGGACGUUUGCAAGACAACGUACGAGGAGAUAAAGAAAGACAAAAAGCACCGAUAUGUGAUCUUCUACAUCAAAGAUGAGAGGCAGAUAGACGUUGAAGUCAUCGGACCUCGCGAUGCGGCUUAUGACGCUUUCCUCGAAGAUUUGCAGAAGGGCGGUAGCGGGGAGUGCCGCUAUGGCCUGUUCGACUUUGAAUAUACUCAUCAGUGUCAGGGUACUUCCGAGGCAUCCAAGAAACAGAAACUCUUCUUGAUGUCGUGGUGUCCUGACACGGCCAAAGUUAAGAAGAAGAUGUUGUAUUCGAGUUCUUUCGACGCUCUGAAAAAGUCGCUGGUUGGUGUACAAAAGUACAUACAGGCGACGGAUCUUUCGGAGGCUUCUGAGGAAGCCGUCGAGGAGAAACUUCGAGCUACCGACAGGAAUUAGGAGUAUUCCAGCGAAUCCAAACUACUAUUACGAGAUAAGAAAAGGAAAAAAAAACAAUUGAAAUACAAUACGCGGAUUAACUUUUCAGACAAGAAAAUAAUGCUCUAUACUGUCGUUGCAUCGAGGGUUCAUGUUUUUACACAUUUUUCACUUUUAAAUGAGACCGAUUAUCAAGUAUUUUGCGCUACAUAUGUUAGUCACCAGAGGAGCGUAAGCAUUAGUAAAAGUGAAUAGGAAUAAAGAGAAAGAAACAAAAAGGAUAACAAAGGGAGGAGAACCCUUUUCAUACCGCGGACGUUGUGUGAAUCUGUCUGAUAUAUAAUAUUAUAUUAUUAUAAUUAUAAGGUAAUUGUACACACAAGAAUACAAAACAAUUUACUACCAGUCAAAUAGUAAAACAGAAUUAUUACAUUUCUUCUCACAGGCUGUAUAACGUUUAAAUUAAAUUCAUUUCAUUACAAAUAAAAUUUCUGACAAUGUCCUAUCAGUGAAA